UCGUCUGUAGUCUAGACUAGGAAUAAUCAGCACACGAGACGAAGUGAUUUUUAGUUCAGCCACUAAAUUUGACGUCUAUUUACUGUUACUGUUUGCGCUUACAAAUCGCGUUACAAUUAUUAGCAAUAACAACAUAAUCCUCGAUUUUUUUAAUCGUGUCGUUUGAUGGUCUGAUGACGGGGAUGACCUGAAAUAAACUAACGCAUUUCACAAGUCACAAAGUGAACACUGAAAAUGUGAGUAAUGUUGCAAAGCAAAAGUAAAGUUUAAUGUUGGUUGCAGCAUAAACUUUAUGAGAUGGCAGAUUCGGGUGUGCUUAUCACAGAGUCUGUUCGUCCGAGCCCGGUGUGUACGGAACCGUACGAGCGCUCGGUGCGCUAUAUGGAAAGCAACAAUAUUCUUCAGAUUUUCCAGGAGAUCACAGAGAAUCUGAUAUUGAAUAGACCUGACGAUCCUCUCCAGUUCAUGUUAGAACAGGUGCAAAUGAAGAUUAAAAUCCGCGACGAGUCACGUAAUACAUUUCUGAAAUCAUAAUGAAUUUCAAAACAAAUUAACAAGGACCUUGCAGAAAAACUGAAAGUGUUUAUGCUUAUUGAUUCAGUGAUUCAGCAUUGUUGUUUCCAAGCAACUGUUUUUGGAAUUUUGUAGAAUUAUUUAUUUUUGUUUUUUCCAAUUGUAUGACACGUUCUAUUGUAUUACACACACUCAUUCGCUUUCAAAUCAUGCUGUAUGGUCUCAAUAAAGUAGUUUUUGAGUGUA